UAUAUAUAAACCCCACCUCCAAGAAGACUUCAAUAAUUCAUCCAACAAGAAUACAAAGAAAAAAACACAUACAGAAUUACCCAAAAAAAUUCAAAAAUUCAUGGACUAUUCAAGGAGAUUACUCCGGGAAGCCACCAUGUCGCCGCCACCAGCAGCCAGAAUCAGCCACGAUACACCACUUGGUCAUAGAGUCAACACAAUUGAUGCAAAUGUUAUUAUGGUUUUGGCUGUACUUGUAUGUGCCUUAAUUUGUUCACUUGUGUUGAACUCCAUCAUAAAAUGUGCAUUUAAGUGCUCUAGCUUAAUAUUGGCUGAUCCAUCAUCAAAUCAUACAAGUAACAACAACUCUUCUUCCACAAAAUUAGUCAAUAGAGGGAUCAAGAAAAAAGCGCUCAAGACAUUUCCAGUUAUAACAUAUAGUACUACUGAACCAAAACAUCCGGGGCUCGACUCUGAAUGUGUCAUUUGCUUAUCAGAGUUUGGAGUUGGAGACAAAAUCAAAGUGCUACCUAAGUGCAACCAUGGGUUCCAUGUUCGAUGUAUUGAUAAAUGGCUCAAUUCACACUCUUCUUGCCCUACUUGUAGGCACUCCCUCAUUGACACUUGCGAAAAAAUUGUUAAUGGUGGCAAUUCUUCUACUACUAAUAAUAAUAUUAGAGAGGCAGCAGUACAACAAGUUAUAGUAAGGAUUGAACCUCUCCAACGUGAAGGUGUGAUAUCCAAUUAAUUUACAAUCAAAAUUUGGUACAAAAAAAUAGUAAUAUAGCUAGAUUUUCCUUUAGUAAAUCUCUUCUUUUUCCGAGCUCUGAUUAUGAAAGAAGGAACCUAGAAGAAGAAUGUAUCACACAUACUCAAUUAGGUUAGAAGCUUAGAGAGCUAGCAUGUAGUUUCCAAUGAGUUAUCAAGUGUAUAUACAAGUUAAGGUGUAUAUUUUCCCUAAAGUUUAAAGUUAUGGUAUAAGUUCCUAUCUUAGGGUAAA